AUGAGCUCUAACGUCGUUGUCGUAUUGUUACAAGCACAUUACGUAUACAGUCCCCCUGUACAGAUGGAUCCCCAGUACUCGUCCGUUGGGAAAAGCUCGCUGUGGUCGGGUCACCUGCUUGCUUGUGGUGUCGCUGUAGUUUCAUCCGAUCCAGAUCCACUCCAGGACUUUUGCAUCGGAGAUCUCAACGUCGUCCCCGGGAUCAAUGGAUUUCCAUGCAGGAACUCGUCCACAGUCACGGUGGACGAUUUCAUCUACAGCGGAAUCGUCAACUCCUCCAACACCACAAACAUCAAUCGCUCCGGCGCAAUCUUUGGAACCGUGGUGAGAUUCCCGGGCCUCAACACUUUGGGUCUCUCCAUCGCUAGGCUCGACUUUCUCCCGGAAGGGAUCAUCCCUCCGCACACCCAUCCCAGAGCCUCAGAGAUGGUCUACGUAGAAGAAGGGACCGUCUACGCUGCCAUCGUCACAGCGGACAAUCGCCUGUUUGCCCGAGUGAUGAACAGGGGAGAAGUCAUGGUGAUUCCUCGCGGAUUAAUCCACUGGCAGAUGAACGUGGGAAGGACCAACGCGAAGAUCAUCGCCACUCUCAACUCCCAGCUCCCCGGAAUCCAGUUCAUUGCGAGAUCCAUGUUUGGAUCCCGACCAGAGGUGCCGGACGAGGUGCUUGAGAAGACUUUCUUCUUGGACGAGCGUAGCAUCAACCAAGUCCGAUCCAACUUUGUAUAA